ACUUUUUACAUGAUGGUGGUCGUAAUUUCAAACUUCUGAGUUUAUUACUUUCAAACUUUUCCGUUUUUCGUAAUAAUUUUUAGUUAAACGUUAAAAAUUUCGAGUGUGAAAUGUAGUUUUAAGAAUGAGAGAACUGUACAAGUCAUUCCAGCUCUGUCGUAUUUCAAUAUUCGCUUCAAGUGACCGUGAUUUAUGGUAGCUUUCUAAACGUAACAAUUCAUCAACAUAUCCACUUCCAUUACGCUGUGUUUUACUGUUAUUAUUCUAUAGAUCGUUUCAUACAAAAUGUCCGAUGAAAACGAAACAAGUCCUAGUUUACUAACAACGUUACGUCAAUUUAAACCGUCACAGAAACCAAAAUUAUCGCAUAUGCCGAUGCUAGAAUCGUCUUCGGAUGAUGGAAGUCCGGUGAAGCCGGCUAGGAGGCCAAUCAGCGCCAUAAUGAUCAUCUCAGAUUCGGAUUCAGAGUCAGAUGGGGUUCAGUGUUUGGAUUCAGAUGAUGACAAAGAUGAUUGUGUUAUUGUAUCAACUGAUUCAAAAGCUGAAUCGAUACCUGAUAGUGAUUCUGAAACGAAAAGCAAAUCUAAUCAUUCGAAAGAACCGGACGCUGAACCUGCUACUCCGGGUAGUUCAGAAAAAAGGCAAUCUAACGAUUCAGACGAUGACUGCUUCAGACCAAUGAAAAGGAAACGACCAGUUCUGAAGAAUAAAAAAAAUAAACGCAGGAAGAGAAUCAACUCUGAUUCCGAUGACGAUAUCGGAGAAGAAAAGAAAUAUCAGAAACAAUGCGUCUACGAUAGUGACGAAGAGGAACCAGCUCUGAAAGUGAAUUCAUCGUUACGAGUCAAAGUAGUCGAAUUACUCGAUAAUGGCACCGAAUUGGAAUUGUACGCUGUACCUAAUAUGAAUCCUAAAAAAUUAGAAUUAAUAGUAUCCAAUCGUCCUUACACCGAUUGGAAAACGACGGAGAAAAAAUUCAGUAUUACAAAAGGUCUCACCUGCUCUAUGCUAAACGUCGUCAGUGAUUCUAUUGUGGCUCGUGAACAAGUACUCGAAUUGAUGACGAAAUGCGAAAAAUACGCAGCGAAAAUCGAAAGUAAAAUAUCUUCGGGAGGAAAUCUAGUAUCUAAAUCACCGUCUAUACUUAAUCCCGACAUGAAACUAUCCGGUUACCAAUUAGUCGGUUUGAAUUGGUUAGCAUUGAUGAGAAGUCGUACGUUGAAUUCGAUCCUAGCCGAUGAGAUGGGUUUGGGGAAAACGAUCCAAGUUAUCGCGUUUCUCGCUUAUCUGAAAGAAAACGAGCUCGUUUUAGAUGGUUAUCCUCAUUUGGUUGUGGUGCCUUCUUCUACUUUGAAUAACUGGUACGAAGAAUUCCAACGUUGGUGUCCUUCGUUAAACGUGACUAUUUUUCAUGGUACGCAAGUGGAGCGACGUAUUUUGAGGCACGAGUGGAACAAGGAGGGUUUUGGAGAUACCGAUGUUGUAUUAACGACGUAUUCCUGCGCGUGUACUCGCGAAGAAAAGAAACUAUUCCAAGGAAAGGAAUUCAAUUACAUUAUUUUUGACGAAGCUCACAUGUUGAAGAAUAUGAAUACUCAGCGUUACGACUUUUUGAUAAAAUUCAACGGCAACUUCAAAAUCCUCCUAACUGGAACUCCUUUGCAGAACAACCUUCUGGAAUUAAUGUCACUGCUCAUCUUUUUAAUGCCUGAUUUAUUCAAGCCCAAAGUCGAUCAAAUCAAACUUCUGUUCUCCAAAUGUACAAAAACUAUCGACGAACAAAGUUCAGAGUUUGAAAAAGAGAAACUCACUCAAGCUAAAAGGAUCAUAGAGCCUUUUAUGCUAAGACGUCUCAAAGAGAACGUCCUGAAAGACUUACCACCGAAGACAGUUUCCGUCGAAAAAUGCCCCAUGCUUGUUGACCAACAGAUCAAAUACAAUGAGAUCUUGGACGAGUAUAAAGCGUUAUGCGAAGCUGAAUGCAAUAACGAUCAUAUGAUAUUUUUCAUGAAAUUGAGGAAAAUUGCGAAUCAUCCUUUGAUGUUGAGAUAUCAUUUUACGGAAGACAUGUUAGAAAAGAUGGCCCGAAGGUUAGCCAUAGAUAGCCAGUAUAAAGGCAAGAAUGCUGAAUAUAUUCAAGAAGAUUUAUAUUUCAAGUCUGACUUCGAAUUAUAUUACAUGUGUCAAGAUUACACAAGCUUACAUUCCUUAAACUACUCACUGCCAAACGAAGCAUUCUGUAAUUCGGGCAAACUGGAGAAAUUAACGCCAAAGUUGAACUCAUUGAGAGAAGAUGGUCAUCGAGUUCUGAUUUUCAGUCAAUUUAUCACGAUCUUAGAUAUUCUGCAAGAGUAUUGUAGGAUUAACCAGUUCACCUUCGUUCGAUUAGAUGGAUCGACUCCUACCGCUGAUCGCCAAGAGCUUAUAGACUUGUAUAACAUGGAUGAGCAGAUUUUUAUAUUCUUGCUUUCCACAAAAGCUGGCGGAUUGGGGAUUAAUUUGACUUCUGCUGAUACCGUUAUAAUCCACGAUAUCGAUUUUAAUCCGUAUAACGAUAAGCAAGCUGAAGAUCGAUGCCAUCGAGUUGGGCAGAAAAAACCGGUCCAAGUGAUCAAAUUGGUAAGUGAGAAUACCAUCGAAGAAAAUAUGCACAAAGCUGCGAUGGGAAAGCUCCACUUGGAAAGAGAAAUCACCACGGGUCAUACUGGCGAAGAAGCUACCGAUACGAAAACAGUAGUCCAGUUAUUGAAAGAAUCGCUAGGAUUAAAAGACGGCGUUUGAGCUGAACAAUUUUUUACUGUGAAAUUUACCUACCAUCUUUUUUGUGAUUCGAUUUUAUUUUUAUGUCGCUUCUAAUAACGUUUUUUUCCCCAUUUCGUUUGUAAUCGUCAUCUUAAUGUUUUUUUUAUAUAUCGUGUUUUUAAAUGUAUUGUAUUCUUUUUUUUUUUGUAGCGUGUUAAACUGUGUUUUGAAUUUUACACCCAGCGAGAAUGGUAACUCGUGUAUCAAAAAUUAUCCUCGAGCACGAGUUCAUUGGUCUUUGAUUAGAUAUUAUGAAUUUGUUUGGUAUUAUAUUUUUAUUAUUGUUUCUUUUU